AUGGUGAUCUGGCAGCUGGACACAAGUGAUGCCACCGCUACUACAUCAACAUCAGCAGUCUCUUCAAGUGAUGCCACCAAUCCCUCAACUGCAUCGACAUCAACUUCAAAUGAUGCCACCACUCCCUCAUCUACAUCAGCAGUCACUUCAAGCAAUAACACUGUUCCUUCAACAUUCACUUCAAGUGGUGCCAAAGCUACUACAUCAACUUCAGCAUCAACAGUCACUUCACGUGAUGCCACCUCUCCCUCGACAACAACCGUCACUUCAAGUAAUGCAACCAAUACAUCUACAGUCACUUCAAGUGAUGCUACCUCUCCGUCGACAUCAACAGUCACUUCAAGUGAUACUACCACUACAUCAACAGUCACUUCAAGUGAUGCCACCUCUCUCUCGACAUCAACAGUCAAUUCAAGUGAUGCCACCACUACAUCAACAGUCACUUCAAGUGAUGCUACCACUACAUUGACAGUCUCUUCAAGUAAUUCCACCUCUCCCUCGACAUCUACAGUCACUUCAAGUGAUGCUACUACUACAUCGACAGUAUCUUCAAGUGAUGCUACCUCUCCCUCAACUUCAACAGUCACUUCAAGUGAUGCCACCUUUUCCUGGACAUCAACUGUCACUUCAAGUGAUGCCACCGCUUCCUCAACCAAAUCAACAGUCAAUUCAAGUGAUGCCAGCACUACAUACACAGUCCCUUCAAUCACGCCAAGUAAUGCCACCUCUAAGUCAACAUCAACUGUCACUUCAAGUGAUGCUACCACUACAUCGACAGUCUCAACAAGUGAUGCCACCUCUCCCACGACAUCAACAGUCACUUCAAGUAAUUCCACCACUACAUCAACAUCAACAUCAACAGUCACUUCAAGUGAUGCUACCACUACAUCGACAGUCUCAACAAGUGAUGCCACCUCUCCCACGACAUCAACAGUCACUUCAAGUAAUUCCACCACUACAUCAACAGUCACUUCAAGUGAUUCCUCCACUCCCUCAACUUUACCAUACACUUCAAGUGAUGCCACCGCUUCCUCAACUACAUCAACAGUAUCUUCAAUCACUUCAAGUGAUACUACCACUACAUCAACAGUCAGUUCAAGUGAUGCUACCACUACAUCGACAUUAUCUUCAAGUGAUGCCACCUCUCCCUCGACUUCAACAGUCACUUCAAUCAAUUCAAGUGAUGCCACCACUACAUCAAGUGAUGCUACCACUACAUCGACAGUCUCUUCAAGUGAUGCCAGCACUCCCUCAACAUCAACAGUCACUUCAAGUGAUGCAACCACAUCUACAGUCACACCAAAUUCAUCCUUUGACAUGACAGUGGUGGGCUUCCAGAGGGGUAGUGUGGUGGUCAGGAUGAUGUGUGGUUAUAAUGGGAAUACUACCGCUGAUGAAAGAACUCUCCAGGCUGCUCUGCAGGACACAAUCCGCAAACACUUGGACGACUCCGCCAUAGCUACCUUGAAAAGAGUUUCCCAGAUAUCAAUGGCCCCAGGAGCAGGCUGGAAAGUGGCGACAAUAGUCCUGGGAGUUCUGCUGGGCUUCACUUUGAUAGUCGUGGUUGUCGUUCUGAUCAUCACCAUAGCGAGGAGAGCAGCUAGCAAGCUGACCUCAUAUAACAUCGAGCAAACAAAGCACAACAGACAAGUGGUGUCCGAUGACUACUUAGAAGGACGUUAUUCUUAUCAGGUGUAG